AAAAUGCAAUGUGUUCUGAUAUUCGAUAGUUGAAGUAAAUUAUAAAAUAGUAUUAAUUUAGACUGAAAAAUCUUAUCUUUACAAAUGAUCACGAGAAAUCAGUAGCGCAAUAACUGAAGAUGUGCGUUGACGUGUCUCAAUGACGUAACUUUGUCUUUCUGCUAUGAAAAGUCGAAUUUUCGAGAAACAUACUACAAAAUGAACUCGAGAAGGUUCUCACCAGUCUGUUCGAACUAAAAAUUAGUUCAUUGGUAGAAGUACAAUAAGAAUUCAACCAACAAAAUGAAGCUACGGAAGGAGUUGCUUUUACUCUUACUGGUUAUGUCUGCUUCGUCCGAACCUGAAGUUUCCAAGAAAAGGUCUGAGACUUCUGAUGAAGAAGCAGAAAGAGAUGUCAGUUUGGAAGAGAAUAGGUUUGAACAUUUGCAAGAACUAAAGGUUUUACAUGAUACUAUUUUAAAGAUGGUACCAGUAUCUGAACCUUAUCUUAGCGAAAAAAUUGCAAAAAGAAAAGAAGAAGUAGAAAAUGAACCAAAAACUAAAGAAGAAAGUUCUGUUAUGAGAAAUGUUUGGAUGAAGUCGAUGUUAGCACAGACUAAGAAUAUAGACUUACCAAAUAAUAAUAAUUUAAGAAUCGAGGAAGAAAAACCUGAAGCAUGGAACGAAGAAGAGUUACUUGAACUCUAUAAUGAAGAGACUCAGGAACCACUUACACCGGAACAACAAGAGGCGGAGCAAAUAUUUAGAAAAGCUCAGCGACUUUUGAACACUACAAGAGCUAAUAAAGCAGAAGCCUAUGAACUGUUAACGUCUGCAGCAAUUCUUGGUCAUCGUGAAGCUAGAUCUAUGUUGGCAUGGGCUCAGUUGCUAGGAAUGCAAUUUGGUCCAACUUCUUUCUGGACAUCUAGUCAAGACAUUCCAGCUGCCUAUCGAACGUUUAAAGAACUUUCUGAAACUGGGUUACCAUCUGCUCAUAUGGGCAUGGGAUUUUUGUAUGCAACGGGAUUAGGCGGAGUAAAUGCUUCACAGGCCAAGGCACUUCUUCAUUAUACAGCAGCAGCUCUAGGUGGGGAUACUCGUGCACAAAUGGCUUUGGGUUAUCGUUAUUGGGCUGGCGUCACGACACCAGCUUCUUGCGAGAAAGCUUUAGACUUUUACCGUAAAGUUGCUAAUAAGGUUGCGGAAGAAGUUUCUUUUAGCGGAGGGCUAGUUGUUCAACGAGUUAGACUUCUAGAUGAACAUGAAAAUCUUGGAUACAACUCAGGAAUUCUUGAUCAGGAUUUGAUAGAAUAUUAUCAGUUACUAGCGAAGAAAGGAGACAUGCUGGUUCAAGUUGGUUUGGGACAGCUACAUUAUCAGGGUAGCAGAGGUGUUCCAUUAGAUCAUGUAAGAGCAAUGCAUUAUUUUCAACAUGCUGCUGAUGCUGGAAAUCACGUUGCUAUGGCCUAUCUAGGAAAGAUUUAUUUAGAGGGUAAUGACAUAGUGGAGCAGGAUAAUAAAAUGGCAUACAAAUAUUUUAAAAAAGCUGCAGAGCUUGGAAAUCCUGUUGGACAAAGUGGUUUGGGACUUAUGUAUCUUUAUGGAAGAGGGGUUGAAAGAGAUACUGUAAAAGCUCUUAAAUACUUUAGUCAAGCUGCAGAGCAGGGAUGGGUCGAUGGACAGCUUCAACUUGGCAACAUGUAUUUCAGUGGAACAGGUGUAAAACGUGAUUACAAAUUAGCGAACAAGUACUUCAAUUUGGCUAGUCAAUCUGGUCAUGUUUUGGCAUAUUAUAACUUAGCACAAAUGCAUGCUACUGGCACAGGCAUGAUGCGUAGUUGCACAACUGCUGUUGAACUUUUAAAAACUGUUGCUGAAAGAGGCAAAUGGAGUGAUCAGCUAGUGGUUGCUCAUACAGAUUACAAAGAAGGUCGAAUCAACGAGGCCUUCGUCAACUUUGCUCUCCUUGCAGAAAUGGGCUAUGAUGUUGCACAGAGUAAUGCUGCAUUUAUACUUGAUAAAGGAGAAACUACAAUAUUGUCAGAAGAGGAAGGAUUGAUUAGGGCACUUGCUCUGUGGGCCAGAGCUGCUUCACAAGGAUACUCUGCUGCUUUGGUAAAACUAGGAGAUGCACAUUAUUAUGGCAAAGGAACGAAAGUUGACUAUGAGGCUGCAGCUAGUCAUUAUCGGUCAGCUUCUGAGCAACAACCUAAUGCGCAAGCAAUGUUUAAUCUUGGAUAUAUGCACGAACGUGGUUUGGGUUUGGCAAGGGACCGACAUUUAGCUAAACGAUGUUACGAUCUUGCAGCAGAAGCCAGUCCAGAUGCCAAAAUUCCUGUGGCACUGGCUCUUAUCAAACUCUCUUUCCUUUUUGGUUUAGAUUACCUACAAGAGUUUAGCCUUGUUGAUCAUCUGAAUAAAUGGGACCAGCUCUUGGGCCAGAACUGGGAUUUAUAUCUCAUAGGAAUGCUCACUGGCAUGCUCAGUUUAAUAAUUUACUUCCGUAGGCCACAGCCACCACCUCCGCCUAGAAUUAAUUAAUACUUUAUUAUUUUUGUUUGAAUCCUUUUCUUUCUUUUAGAUGAAGUCAAGUUUGUUACUAAUGGUUCAUAAAUACACGCACGUGCGUGCACAUCGAUAUGUUGUUUUUAUUGAACCACCUUAUGUGCACAAGAAUAUUUU